UGUGCGCGUCGCGUCACGUCGCGCUGCCGCCGUUGCGGCCGUGCUGCUGGAGCAGAGGGAGGCGCGGGCAGCAGCGAGCAGCCGGAGGAGGAGGAGGAGGCGGCGGAGGGGGAAGCAGUGUGGAGAACGCCGUCCGCCCGCCCGCUCCGCCGCCGCCUCAUGCCGCGGCGCCGUCCUGCCGCCGGCCCGGGGACCUGCAUGGCCGGGCAUGGGGAGCGCUGCGCCCUCCCGCGCCCCCAGGGCUGAGUCGCCGCUCGCCGCCGUCCAGCGGCUGCUCGCCGCGCUGGGGCUGCUGCUGCUGGGCGCAGGUGACUGUCAGCUGCACACAUCUUGUGGAAUCCAGAAGUGCACUACUGAUUUUGUAUCCUUCACUUCACAUCUAAACGCGGCUCUUGAGGACUUUGAUCGGGAGUUCUGCAAGGCCCUGCGGGCGUACUCUGUGUGUACCUAUCGCAAUUCCAAAGUGUGCCGUGGAAACCUGGUCUACCACGCUGCAGUGCUUGGGAUCGGUGAUCUCAUGACCCAGAGAAACUGUACCAAAGACGGACCCACAUCCUCCACCAACCCUGAAACUGCCCGUGAUCCUUGCAGUUACAGUGGCCACACAGAAGCGAGAGAGCAUCACGGGGGAGACAAGACUCCUCCUACCUACCUGUUUUGUGGCUUGUUUGGGGAUCCUCAUCUGAGAACUUUUAAGGAUCACUUCCAGACAUGCAAAGUGGAAGGUGCUUGGCCCCUCAUAGACAAUAACUACUUAUCAGUGCAAGUGACCAAUGUGCCUGUGGUCCCAGGAUUCAGCGCUACUGCUACAAACAAGAUAACUAUUAUCUUCAAAUCGUACCAAGACUGUACAGAUCAGAAAGUAUAUCAGGCAAUGACCGAUGACUUGCCUGCAGCUUUUGUUGAUGGCACAACAAGUGGAGGAGAUGGCAACACCAGGAGCUUGCACAUUGUGGAGAAGGUCAGCGGCAAAUACAUCGAGAUGCAUGCCAGGUACAUCGGGACCACGGUGUUCGUCCGGCAGCUCGGGCGCUACCUGACGCUGGCCAUCAGCAUGCCCCAGGAGCUGGCCAUGGCCUACGGGGAGAGCCAGGACCUGCAGCUGUGCGUGCAAGGCUGCCCUUCCAGCGAGCGCAUUGAUCAGAGUGGCCACUUGCCUUUGCCUGUCGUGGGAAAGCUGCUUCCCUGGGGUGCUGUGUCUCAUCCCCCGUUAGGGUACACACUGGAAACAGCCACCACCAAAUGCCACGAGAAGAUCCGCGUGAAGGACAUUUAUUUUUACUCGUGUGUAUUCGAUCUGCUCACCACUGGCGAUGCCAACUUCACAGCUGCUGCUCACAGUGCCUUGCAGGAUGUGGAGGCACUGCACCCCAGCAAAGAGCACUGGCAUAUCUUUCCCAGGAGUGGAGCUGGUGGUGUGGGCAGGGAUGGCAAGUUCUUUGUCAGUCUUGGACUUCUGUGCUUGAUCCUUGUUGCAUAUUUGCCCUCCAGUUAUCUGUGUCAUAGAAGGCUACAUAUUUAUAUUUUUUCAUGCUUGGAAACCCAACAAUGUACCAGUCUUUGCAAAAUGUUUUCUGUGUGGUUCAUCAAUAUACCAGUAAGUAUUUGCGUGUAUGUAAAAGAGUGACUGUACAGUAUGUAAAUAUCUUAAAUUAUUAUGAUAGAAGAAUAGUUGCCCCCCCUCCCGCUGAGGAAAAUCAGUAAGGUGGGACGCACAGAAAUUGGGGAUGUAGACCACGUACUUGGCAGGUAAUCUAUAAAUAAAUUCUCAGUUUGUCUCCUAGCCAAAUAGGAUGGAUAGGAUAUUGGUUAGGAAUGUGCUGAAUACAGUUGUUAUACUUCUUGCAGAUGCUUGUUUCCUUCUGCUGUAUAAGAUGUGUAAAUUUAUAACCAGCAGCUGCAAACCAGGCCAGUUUAUUGAAAGAGAUGAGGAAACUAAGAUAAGGAACUAUUCCCUCAGGAUGCCAGUUGUACAGUUCCUUUGUAGUGUUUGCAAAAAUACUUGCAAGAACUUUAACACAGGGAUCUGUAUUACUGCUGCAUCCCUCCUGAGAGGCAUUAUAAAAAUCCUCAAGUUACUGGAGAACUCUCAGACCAGAAGAACCCUGGAACAGAAAAUUACUUUCUUCAAAACUGAAGAAGAGGUGGUGAAAUCUGAAUAAAUGAUACAGAAGAGUCCACAAGAUUACAGAAACUUAGUGUAAGGAGAUUAUCUGCUAAGUAUAUAUGGAGUAUUUCAGCUGCAAGGCUGUUCACGCAGCAUGAGGUAAAUUGAAAGUGCCAAAACUUAAAAGAGGUUAUGUCAGAUACGUAUGAAGAAAUACACCUAAUAAACCCAAUCACAACUGUGAGUAUUGCUUCACUAAGCUUGUAUUAUGGAUACAAGUUCAGGUGUGUGAGAAAUAAUCUUAUCUGGAAGAUGUAUCAGUGAAAUGAGUUGUGGAAAUUUCUGUAGGUGCAAAAGGAGCUUUAAAUAUAUAUAUAUAUAUAUAUAUAUAUAUAUAUAUAUAUAUAUAUGUUUACUGUACACAGAAGGCUGCUGUCAUACUUGUAGCAGCUUACUCACAGGUGCCAGUAACACCACAAGCUUUGCAGACAGCUGUGUAAUGUGACCAUCAGUAUUUUAAAACAACAGCCAGUCAGCCAUUACUGAUGCUAUCUGUUGGCUGGCCUUUGUCUUAAGCUACCCUUGGAUAUUAGUGGCUUACUCAGGAGGGUUUUUUAAGUAUCUUCUAGAGCACUCCUAACCAUAUGCUAACAGAGCUUCUAAUAACAGAUGGUGAUAGUUCCUUGGUAGUUGUGGAAUCUCAUCACUUCCUUAGUAAGCAUGUUGCAGGACUGCAGAGACUGUGUGCCUAAUCCUUUAUUUUGUGUGUACAGGAGGCUCCUAAACAGGGAUAUUAGAAAAAGAAAUAAUAGGCUCAGUUGCAUGUCAAACCAAAAAUUCUUUUUUUUUUUUUCUUCCUGGAAAACCUAUCUGGAAGAAAAAUCUGUAUUGAGUAUCUGUUAAGUGCAACACAUCCAAAGAGUACAAUUUUUUUGUUCUUGUGGUCCAGUUACAGACCUUCAAUAUUGCAUUUCCUUUCAUACUGCUGCUGUGCUGCCAGAAAAUAAAUCACCAAUUAUUUAUGUUCUUCUACUUUAGCAUUAUAACUACCAUGCAUUUGUUUUAUGAGUUUUGAGGCUGUGCAAGUGUCUGUUUACUUAUAUAUGCUCCAAAAUGAAGCAAGAAAUUCUGCAAGCUUUGUACUGCCUAAUGAGUUUCAUUAGUGGACAUGUUUUGAAAAAAAGCCUGGGAGUCUCAUGGCUUUCUUCUCUUCUGAGAAGAGACACACAGCACAGUUUAAAAUCUUGCAUUUGUUUUCUUCCUGUAAGAACAGCUGUGGUCUUUCACACUGAAAUGUUCAUGCUGUUUAAUGAUACAAAUUCUUUUCUGUCUUUCCUUGUUCCAGCUAGAAGACUGCUAGCUAUACAAUGUCCAAAUAGGACUAGUGACAAUUCCCUUUUUUUAGCAGGUAUUCUGUGUUUUUUACAAGAUAAGCAUUCUCUGUAUUGUGCUGCUGCUUUUUUUCAACUGUAUUCAAGACAAACAGGCAUUGUGGGGAUCAGUGUUGUCCGUUAGAUUUUCAGUUCUCAUUAAUUACCUUUUUAUGGAGAGUAAAAUAGCCACAGGUCAAGUACAAGUGUGCAAGUAAGUUUGUGGUGCUGAUGUUAGACAGUUGCAUCUGAUCUGAUUCAGAAUUCUUUAUGUUUGUAACUAAAGUUUGUUGACAUUAAAAGCUGCUAUUAGUAAAUUAA